CUCGUCCUUUCUUCUCUUUAUCGGGGUUUUGUAGGCUGUAAAUGGAGAACCGCGAAAGUCGAGCUCUCACUUUGAUAUCUGGAAUUGGCCAUUUUUUCCGUUCGACUUUCUCGCAAGCAGUCGAGCACGGCACAAUGACUGCAAAGCAAAUUGAGGAAUGCUAGCAAAUAUAAAUCACAAAUGCCAGAAGCCAUCCGAAUUCCCAAGAUUGACUUGCCAGUGAAAUGAAAAGUUGCCAUGGCGAGUGCUAGUUUCCCCGCCUAAGUAGCUGGGCUCUGCAAGGAUCUGACGGAGGAAGGAAAGAGAUGAGCGCAAGUGACCUUCCGAGGAAGGAAGCCAAUGUGCUACGAGGGCAUGAGGGGGCCGUCCUAGCCGCUCGGUUUAACGGAGACGGUAAUUACUGCCUGAGCUGCGGCAAAGAUCGCACUAUCCGCCUUUGGAAUCCUCACCGGGGUAUUCACAUUAAAACCUACAAGUCCCAUGGCAGAGAAGUCCGGGAUGUCCAUGUCACCCCGGACAACUCCAAGCUAUGUUCUUGUGGUGGUGACAGACAGGUCUUUUACUGGGAUGUAUCAACUGGUCGUGUGAUUCGAAAAUUCCGAGGCCAUGAUAGUGAGGUAAAUGCUGUGAAAUUCAAUGAGUAUGCUUCUGUGGUAGUAUCAGCUGGGUAUGACCGUUCUGUACGCACUUGGGACUGUAGAUCUCAUAGCACUGAACCAAUUCAGAUCAUUGAUACAUUCUUGGACAGUGUAAUGUCUAUUUGUUUGACAAAAAGUGAAAUACUUGCUGGGAGUGUUGAUGGAACUGUUCGAACAUUUGACAUUCGUAUUGGUAGAGAAAUAUCUGAUGACUUGGGGCAACCUGUCAAUUGCAUUUCAAUGUCAAAUGAUGGUAACUGCAUAUUGGCUAGUUGUCUAGACUCUACUCUACGUCUUUUGGACAGGACUACUGGGGAACUACUGCAAGAAUAUAAGGGUCAUAUUUGCAAGUCUUACAAGUUGGAUUGUUGCCUUACCAACACUGAUGCCCAUGUAACUGGUGGAUCUGAGGAUGGCUUCAUUUUCUUUUGGGAUCUUGUGGAUGCAUCUGUAGUGUCAAGCUUUCGGGCUCAUUCCUCAGUGGUAACAAGUGUAAGCUAUCACCCAAAGGACAACUGCAUGAUAACAUCUUCUGUUGAUGGCACAAUUCGAGUGUGGAAAACAUGAGCUGAAGCAAAUAACUUCUCUGCCUCCCUUUCUCCCAGGAAACAGAAAAGUGAAUGUGUUUGGUGUAGGAAGCUGAUCCAUUUUGACUAUCAAUAUCAUGGCUGAUACUUGUGGAUGCAAGCAAGAGACAGAAAAGUGUAUUUUUCUUAGCACUAAGCACAUGCCAAAAUCUAUAUGCUUGGUGAAGGAAGAUCAUCCAUUUUGGCCGUCUAUCAUUGAACGUCAUAGGUGACACAAGGAUGAAAGCCUUAAGGCUUCCAACUCUUAAAGAAAGAAAGAAGACAGUUUUGAAUUAUUUCUUUUCUCUUUAUCUCUGAACCACAAAUACUAUUUGCUUUGAUCUCCGCUCUUCUGCCCCUGAUAGUAAUGAUAUUUGUACCAUCCUGUUUUUGUUUCUACACUUUCUUAGUAAGAAGGCAAUGUUGGAUGAUAAAUGGUAUUUCUUUGAGGAGUCACACAUCAACACAUGGUUUUGCUUUU